AUGGUCAGUAUAUUGAGGCGGAUGACCAAGCUUCGCGCUCUGCUUGCUAUUAAGUUAGGGCCAGGAGCUGCCGUUUUACCUAAGAAUGUCACCAAGCUGCACAUGGAAUUUGCGAAGAGGAUGAACGAUGGACAUUACGGACCAAGGAAAUUUUGGCAUUCAUGCCUCCCACGCCUAAAGUACCACAACCCUACAGUAUCCAUGACUUUGGAGAGAACCACAAACCAGGAAGGCCCGGCACUUAUGACGGUUUACUUCGAUGACGCUACACAUCCCCAAACCCCAUCCGCGCCUGUGGCUGGUACCCAAACCGAACCUCCAGCCUCGAGUCAACAGCGCGUGGUGACAAUCAAUAUGAAGCACAGGCACGAGUCUGAGAUACUGUCACAAUUACUCGCCUUGACAAAUGCCGUUCCCGUGGAGCCUACUCCCGAAGAGGUGGAGCAACUUCAAAAGCUCGCAGCCCUCAAGGAAGUGGGCGAGAGAGACUCUGCCAGGCAUCGCAUUUUUAACGCAGAGAAGAAGCGGGAAGAAGCCAUCCUAGCACAGGCCCGAUCAGCAGCUUGA